AUGUUGGAGGAAUCCAUGGGGCUUUCACCAGCCCACCUCUUCCCUUGGACUCUGACCCAACAUCCACCGGCCAGCCCAACUCAGCCCACACCAAGUCAGGCCAGCUGGAGGAUCUUCCAUGUUUGCAUGGUGGCAUACCAGCAAGAACAGAAGGAUGAGAGCCACACCACACUUAAUGCAGCUCCACUAGUAGAGGUGUUCGGAGCGCCGUCCGGUUCAGUUUUAUUGGAUGAGUUUCAGUUAGUGAGGCCCGAGGAUGUGGACAAGGUGCUUGGCCAAGUCCGGUCGACCACCUGUAUGCUUGACCCUUGCCCCUCAUGGCUCAUUACAUCAAAUAAGGAGGGGAUCGCCGGCUGGGUCCAGGAGGUUGUAAAUGCCUCCUUGAGAGAGGGAGUGGUGCCGGCCUCUUUAAAAGAGGCGGUAAUUAGACCACUCCUGAAGAAGCCUAAUCUGGACCCGGAGGAUGUUAACAACUAUAGGCCGGUGGCUAAUAUCCCUUUCCUGGGCAAGGUGCUUGAGCGGGUGGUUGCAGGACAACUCCAGGCACUCUUGAAUGAAACGGAUUAUCUAGAUCCAUUUCAAUCGGGCUUCAGGCCUGGUUUUGGAACGGAAACUGCCUUGGUCGCCCUGUGGGAUGACCUCUGUCGGGAGAGAGACAGGGGGAGUGCGACCCUGUUGGUUCUCCUGGACCUCUCAGCGGCCUUCGAUACCAUCGACCAUGGUAUCCUUCUGGAUAGGUUGUCUGAGCUGGGAGUUGGAGGUACUGCGUUGCAGUGGUUCCGCUCCUACUUGGAUGGCCGAUUCCAGAAGGUGGUGCUGGGGGAUUAUUGCUCUGUGCCGUGGCACCUAAGCCAUGGGGUUCCGCAGGGCUCUAUCUUAUCCCCUAUGCUGUUUAACAUAUACAUGAAGCCGCUGGGGGAGGUUAUCCGGAGAUGUGGACUGAGGUGUCAUCAAUAUGCGGAUGAUACCCAGCUCUACCAUGCUCUGAUAACCUCUCGUUUGGAUUACUGCAAUGCGUUAUACGUGGGGAUGCCUUUGAAAACGGUCCGGAAACUUCAACUGGUGCAAAACAGGGCAGCAAGGUUAUUAACAGGGACUGGCCGGCGAGAUCACAUUACGCCAGUCCUUUUACAACUUCACUGGCUGCCAGUCCAGGUCCGGGCCCGAUUCAAAGUGCUGGUAUUAACAUUUAAAGCCCUAAACGGUUUGGGGCCAGGUUAUCUGAAGGAACGCCUCCUCCCAUAUGUACCUACCCGGACCUUAAGAUCAUCUACAGGGGGCCUUCUCCAUGAGCCCCUGCCAAAGGAAGUGAGGCAGGUGGCUACUAGGAGGAGGGCUUUCUCCGCUGUGGCACCCCGGUUGUGGAACGAGCUCCCCAGAGAGGUCCGCUUGGCGCCUACACUGUACUGCUUUCGUCGCCAGCUGAAGACCUUU